CAUGCGUGGAUUCGAAUUCUGAGUCCGGAUUGUAAAACCCGGACGAAUCGCGGACGUUUUAAAAACCGCCUGGACAGGAGGACAUGUCUGGGGAAAACCGGACGUAUGGUAAGCCUACUGAGGGCACAACAGAAGCGGUCAUACAUACCUUUAUUUAUGCCAUCUCUCAACCUCCUUCUCUCUGACAGUGAGAGUCUCACUCCGAGUCCGACUCAGACAACCUGUGGCUGUGGGUCCUCCCCGGACCCUCCUUGACACAUACAGUCCUGCUUUUCCCCACGCAAACAGAGUCUCGACGCUUUUGCGAUUCGCGCGAGCUCUUCUACCUUCCGCGCCUGCGUGGAUUCGAAUUCUAAGUCGGGAUUGUAAAACCCGGACAAAUCACGGACGUUUUAAAACCCGCCCGGACGCCUGGACAGGAGCACAAAAAGAGGACAUGUCCGGGGAAAACCGGACGUAUGGGAAACCUCACAGUAUUGACAGUUCUGAACGGAUCCAGCUUACUGGAAUAUUUAAUGUUCGGAAAGGAAAAAUGCAACUUCCUGUGAACAGAUGGACUAGACGCCAAGUUAUCUUAUGUGGGACCUGUCUUAUUGUGUCAUCGGUGAAAGACAACCAUUCAGGGAAGAUGCAUGUACUCCCUCUAAUUGGUGGAAAGAUAGCAGAGGUUAACAAGUAUCAACAAUGUUUAACCACCUCAAUGUCUGGACCAGAGUGGCAAGCUUAUACACUUUCUUUCCCCAUCUAUCCAAAAUUUCUGAGAUGGUCUGCAUAGGCCAGUAAGGUUGCAUCUCAGCGAAUCAGCUGUGUGGAUCUCUCCUGUAGCAGCUUAGAAUACCUCCCCACUAACCUCUUCUAUAGUCAGGACCUCACACACCUCAAUGUCAAACAGAACUUCCUAAAGCUGGAGCCAGGGCCAUCUAGAAGCUUAUGUGACCUGCAAAGGUUUAGUAAACUGAAGAGCCUAAAUCUGUCAAAUAACUAUUUGGGAGAAUUUCCGUUGGCAAUAUGCAAUAUCUUCACUUUGACCGAACUGUACAUGUCUGGAAACAACCUCCGAGCUAUCCCUACUUCAGUGGGAGAGAUGCGCAAUUUGCAGACAUUUUUGCUGGAUGGGAAUAGUCUUCAUUCUCUCCCUCCUGAACUUUCCAACUUACAGCAGUUGAAUUAUCUUGGCCUGUCAUUCAAUGACUUCAUUGACAUUCCAGUAGUAUUUCAGAACUUGACAUCCGUGGAGAAACUCUGCAUGGCUGGAAAUUGCUUGGACACGUUGAACCUGCAGAUCUUGAGUAGAAUGUCCCACAUCCGUCAUGUAGAUUUAAGGUUUAACUGCAUUAAAAGGGUAGUAAUGGAAGAGAUGGAUUUCCUUCGCCAUGUGACUCACUUGGACUUGCGAGACAAUAGGCUGAGUGAGCUGGAUGCCACUGUAUUUGGUAACUUGGAAGUGUUGCACUGUGAACGAAACCAGCUAUUUUCUUUAAAAGCCAGUGGAUACAUCUUGAAGGCCCUAUAUGCCUCUUCUAAUGAACUUCUCCUGGUUGAUGUUUACCCUGUUCCGAACUACCUUGCCUUCAUUGAUCUUUCCAGGAACCAGCUGGAGAACUUGCCUGAGUGGGUGUGUGAAUGCAGAAGGCUGGAAGUCUUGGACAUUAGCCACAAUUUCAUUUGUGAACUGCCGGCACGAUUGUUUUAUAAUGGCGUACUGCGGAAAUUAUUGGCAGGUCACAACCAGCUGCGAAGACUUCCUGAACGUCUUGAGAGAACUCUUAUUGAAGUCCUUGAUAUCCAACAUAACCAGCUUUCUGAAUUGCCCUCAAAUCUCUUCCUUAAAGCUGAGAGUUUACGGUGCCUUAAUGCUUCCGCCAACAAGCUAGAGAUGUUGCCUUCAGCCAGUUUAUCAGAGGAGACAAACAGUGUAUUGCAGGAGCUAUACUUAAGCAGCAAUGACCUUACUGAUAAGUAUGUGCCAGUGCUGACAGGGCAUCUUCACUUGAAGGUCCUACACAUGGCAUAUAACCAUCUGCAGACUUUUCAAGCAAGUAAAAUGGCCAAGUUGGAGGAGUUGGAAGAAAUUGAUGUCAGUGGGAAUAACCUGAAGGCUCUUCCAACCACCAUAAUAAACUGUAAGCAUAUGCACACUGUUAUUGCCCAUUCCAACUGUAUUGAAGUCUUCCCUGAAGUUAUGCAGCUCCAGGAAGUCAAGUGCAUUGAUUUGAGUUGCAAUGAGUUGAGUGAAAUUAUACUGCCUGAAAGUCUACCUCCAAAACUGCAGGAGCUUGAUCUCACUGGAAAUCCCAGGCUGGUCCUGGAUCACAAAUCUCUGGAACUACUCAAUAACAUCCAAUGCUUUAAGAUUGAUCAAACUUCUACUACAUUUUCAGUUGGCGAUGCUUCUGGAGCACCAGCUGUGUGGAGCCAUGGUUAUACCGAGGCCUCAGGAGUGAAGAACAAACUUUGUGUAGCUGCUUUGUCAGCCAAUAACUUUUGUGAUAACCGUGAGGCUUUGUAUGGAGUGUUUGAUGGUGACGGAAAUGUAGAUGUGCCCUACCUCCUUCAGUGCACCAUGAGUGAUGUGUUGGCAGAGGAAUUGCAGAAAUCUAAGAAUGAAGAGGAUUACAUGACGCACACAUUCCUGGUUAUGCAAAGGAAACUUGGAACUGCUGGGCAGAAGCUGGGAGGGUCUGCAGUGCUUUGUCAUAUAAAGCACGAUUCAGUGGACGCCAGUGGAUGUUUUACUUUAACUUCAGCGAAUGUUGGAAAAUGUCAAGCUGUCAUAUGUAGAGAUGGUAAGCCAGUACCCCUGUCAAGAGUGUACACAGUCAGCUGCAGUGAAGAGAUACAGAGGCUUAAGGAACACAAAGCAAUAAUUACAGAGGAUGGGAAGGUGAAUGGAGUGACCGAUUGUACAAGAAUACUUGGAUACACUUUUCUUCAUCCUAGUGUGAUACCCAGGCCGUUUGUUCAGUCACUUACUUUGACACCACAAGAUGAAUUUUUCAUUUUGGGCAGCAAGGGAUUAUGGGACAGCAUCAGCUAUGAAGAAGCCAUUGAAGCUAUCAGAAAUGUUCCAGAUGCCCUUGCAGCUGCCAAGAAACUCUGUACCCUUGCUCAGAGCUAUGGCUGUAAUGAUAGCAUCAGUGUUGUGGUCGUCCAGCUGAAUGUUACUGAAGGCUGUUUCUGUUGUUGCUGUGAAAUGAAUGGAGUUCCACCUCCCAGCCCAGGGAUCUUUCCAUCAUCUGUAAAUGUUGCGAUAAAGGACAGGCCUGUAGACACUUUAGGAAUGCCAUCUUCUAGUAGUGGCAUGGCUUCAGAGAUCAGCAGUGAGAUUUCUACAUCAGAGAUGAGCAGUGAAGUAGGUUCAACUGCUUCUGAUGAACCUCUUCAAGUAAAUAUGAAUGAAAGCAACUCAGCUUUUCCCACUGAACAAAGAUGCAUGCUCCAUCCUGUCUCUUUGUCCAAUUCCUUUCAGAGGCAGCUGUCAAGUGCCACAUUUUCCAGUGCAUUUUCAGACAAUGGCUUAGACAGUGAAGAUGAAGAGCCCAUUGAAGGAGUUUUCAUAAAUGGAAGUAGGGUUGAGGUUGAAGUUGAUAUUCACUGCAGUAAAACAAAAGAAAAGUCACCCCAGGAUGUCCCGCCUGAGGCAUGUGAUGAAGGCAUUGUCAUCAGUGCAAAUGAGGAAGACAGCAUGGACAAGACUUUGCUGAUCAAAGUACAGUGCGACAGUGACUGCAAUGGAAACAUUCAGAAGAAAAUUGACUAUGCUACUAUUGGAACUCUUGGUAAAAGACGAGGUAAUGGUUCUGUUGCUCCUGCAGAAAAAAGCCACAAUCUUAUUGAAGUGGCUACUGAUGCUCCACUCAAAAAGGCAGGUGGUUAUUUUGCUGCUCCUGCACAGCCAGAUCCCGAUGACCAGCUAAUCAUUCCUCCAGAACUUGAAGAAGAAGUGAAAGAAAUAAUGAAACAACAUCAAGAGCAGCAACAGCAGCAGAAGCAUCAGUACCAAGCAGACCAGUUACCAGACUGCUAUGAUACAUCACUAUGACAGUAUCUGCAGUAUUUGACAGUGUAGGAGCCAUAUAUUCUUGUACAGUCAAGUUAUACACUACUACUUUGAAUACUCCCUUUCCACUCACAGCCAUUUUUUAAAAAAUCGCUUCUAAUAAUUUGCAAAUAAAAUUUGAGUAACAAAAUAACACUUAUUUCCAUAGCAUAUCAUGUAUGUAAAAAUGUUUAAUAUAUUAAACAAGUAAUGAUGUAAUAUUUUUUAAAGUUCAACAUUUAUGUAAUUCAGAACAGUAAAUAAUGUUAAAUGAUUAUUAGAGUUGUAAAUCAUGGCUUUUUGGCUUGAAAGUCGUAGACACUUAAAGACUAACUCCUAGGAGUUGCUUAAUCUUUUCAUGUGACGUAGUCACAGAAACUAACUAAUUUUCUCUGAGAGAACAGAUGAUUGGGGGGAGGAAUGCUGUAAAUAUAGUUUUGUUUGUAUAGUGAUACCUAAAACAUUGUUUAGAACAGAUCUGAACAGUAACUAAAAAAUCAACUUAUUUUCAGUGCUGUAAAAUAAAUUAUCUGUGAUGGGACUGAAUCACUUUGAUGGCUGUGUACAGUUAAUAUUUCUUAUGACAGCCUGUUUGGUUAGUGGGAAUGUGUUUUUUUUCCCCAUUUAAAGUUUAUUUCAUUAUUGCUGAUGAUCACCAGCAUGGCUGUAUGGCACUCUUUCAGACAAGAUAUACACAGAAGAAAUAUAUUCAGGAAAUCACAGAGAUGAUACCUAUUUCCUAAAAUAAAUCUACAUUUUAAGUAAA